ACGAUGCGUGUGGGAGUCUAUCAGAGGCCACUAAACGUAGAAAGCAGCAUUCUCUUGAUCAGUGAGAGGCUUAAGCAAAAGCAUGUAUGAAGAUGUGAAGUGUUAGUUUUGUUUAUUCGUUUAGUUUGCAAAAGGAAGGAGCAAUGAAGCUGAAUGGUCUCUAGCCUGCAUAUUCUGCUGAUAGGUGGCAGUUUUCAUUUGCAAUCUCUCUCUCCUUCCUUCUGUCAUGGCUUUGGAGAAGAGAUCAACAGGGCUCAGCAAGUCAUGUGUUCUCAUUAUAGUGGUGGCUGGUGUGGAGAGAUUUGCGUACAAGGGAGUGGCUUCCAACUUGGUGACUUACCUUACUGAUGUGGUGAAGAUGAGCACAUCUUCAGCUGCGAAAAGUAUUAGCACUUGGGUUGGACUCACAUCGAUGCUUCCCCUUGUAAGCGCCAUCCUCGCCGAUUCUUACUGGGAUCGUUACUCGACCAUCACGGCAUCUUCCUUGCUCUAUGUCAUGGGCUUGGUGGGAUUGACCUUAUGGGCAUUACUCUAUGCAUGGAUGCCAGCUUCAUCCUUGUUUAUUCCUCUCUACUUGAUUUCAAUAGGACAAGGUGGAUACAACCCAUCAUUGCAAGCAUUUGGAGCAGAUCAACUGGAGAUCGAGGAAAAUUUGCCUUGCAGCAAAGAAGAUAAAACGAACAAAAAGAGUCUGUUCUUCCAAUGGUGGUACUUCGGCAUAUGUGGUGGAAGCCUCUUGGGAAAUUCUAUCAUGUCUUACAUUCAAGACACCUUAGGUUGGGGUCUUGGGUUCGCCAUCCCCACCGGUGCCAUGGCAAUCUCAGUGGCAUGUUUCUUAUGUGGUGCUCGUUUUUAUGUGCACAAGCAACUCCAACUCAAUAAUAAUAGGCCUAAACAUAACAUAGUUCAAGCUCUAAAGGCUGCUGCAAAAAAUAUCAUAAACCGGAGACUCCGCCUACCAUCCAGAGAUGAUGACAUCGCAGAACUUGAGUUGCAAGAGAAACCACUCAGAGAUGACUUCAGUUGUUCAAAAGCUUUGGAUACAGACCAAAUUGCCACUGUGGAUGAACCACCUAGUGUCACUAAAACAAUUCUGAGGCUCUUGCCCAUUUGGACAAUGCUCCUUAUGUUUGCAGUCAUCUUCCAACAGCCAGCAACUUUCUUCACAAAACAAGGGAUGAUGAUGAAGCACAGCAUUGGAAAAUUUGUGAUCCCUCCUGCAAUGCUUCAGAGUUCCAUCACCAUCUCAAUAAUACUGCUGAUGCCUCUUUAUGAUAAGCUCAUAAUCCCAUUCCUGCGCGUAUUUACUCGCGACGAGAAUGGGAUAACCGUGCUUCAAAGGAUCGGGAUAGGCAUGUGUCUUUCCAUUGUUGGUGUGGUUGUAGCAGCAUUUGUUGAAUCCAAGAGGCUGGGGAUUAUGAAGGAAGGGGUUGAAUCCACAUCAUUAAACACUCAGCUGAGCAUCUUUUGGUUGCUACCUCAGUACAUUCUACUGGGAAUCUCUGAUGUUUUCACAGUCGUUGGAAUGCAAGAGUUCUUCUACAUGCAAGUCCCUUCUACGAUGAGAACUAUUGGCAUAGCGCUUCACCUCAGUGUCUUCGGUGUGGGCAGCUUCCUUGGUGCUCUGCUGAUCUCGGUCGUGGAGCUGACGACCAGUGCAAAUGGGAAAAACCAUGGCUGGUUAUCUGAUGAUAUAAGGGAAUCUCGGCUUGACAACUACUAUUGGUUUCUGGCUGUGUUAAGCUUCAUUAGCUUUCUUAUUUUCGUAAACUUAUCUAGACGCUACCAAGGUUCCAAUGCUUCUGCAAAAUGACUCGUUGGUAAGUAUUUUAUUUGAAGUGUCGAACAAAUUUGUACAGUUUUUUGAUACAAUGUGGAGAAAGAGUUUUUUGCUGUAUCCUUUGAUUAAUCUUCUUGUAUCUCUCGACAAUUUUAUUGUCGAAGGAGGAUUAGAAUAAUUUCAUACUUCAUAUAUUCAGUCUU